AUCACCAGCAAACAGUGCUCUGUGUCCCUCGGACACAGUGGAUCACCGAUCCACGGAAAGAGCCGAAGAUGUCGGCUCGGUCAUGUGAUCAGCUGUGUCCAAUCACAGCUGAUCACAGUGCCACCUGUCAGUGUCCAUCAGUGCCAGCUGUCAGUGCUGAGCAGUGCCACGUGCCAAUGAGCAUCAGUGCCACAUCAAUGCCACAUAUCAGUGCCUACCAAUGCACAUCAAUGCCACAUAUCAGUGCCCAUCUGAGCUGCUCUUCAGUAUCACCCAUCAGUGCCAGUCAGUGCUACCUAUCAAUGCCAAUCAGUGCCACCUAUCAGUGCUGCCAAUCAGUGCCACCUAUCAGUGCCAGUCAGUGCUGCCUAUCAGUGCGCAUCAGUGCCGCCUAUCAGUACGCAUCAGUGCCGCCUAUCAGUGCCCAGUCAGUG